CAUGGCGGCGGCCAGAUCAAGGAAGAAAACAAAUGCCAUGUUUUGUUUACGUAGCCUAUUUACAGUAAGCUUCUGUCUGGCAGUGGGUUUACAUGGAGGAAACUGUGAUCAAACACCAAAAGACUGUGUUCUUGGUGGAUCUGACUUCUCUUUGAUCAAGAAGUUCAAUCCUUGGCCAAUGGUAUCUGAGGAUGGAAACGCAACCUAUCAAAUCAGUCUCUGUGAGGCAAUCAAACAACACCAGAGUGGAGCUUGUCACGAUCAGACUUCAGUCUGUCGGACUGUCAAGGGUGAAUCUCCAAAGUCCUCGGGUAAUUUUACACACCUUGUUGCUGCUGACAACACUGACGUUUCGGAACAGACACUGGUGUUACAGGGGGAUGCAUGCCCAGAGAUAGACGGCGCCCAUUAUGUUACCAUGAUCACCUUCCAGUGCAGUUUAAAUGUGGGCCUGGGCUCCCCCGAAUUCCUAGUGUACUCGUUGUGUACGACGUAUGUUCUGUGGCGGACAAAUGUGGUGUGUAAUGACACAGAAAGGGCAGUGAAGGAAGUUCCUUGUUAUGUGUAUGACCAACACAACCAGAAACACAAUCUUGCACCACUCACAAAGAAAGAUGGCGGCUACCUGGUGUCGUCGGAGGAAGGCUGGAACUUUUAUAUUAAUGUGUGUAAAGACAUUAAAGGAACCACAGAAAUUCCUGGUGGAGAUCCAGAUGAAAAGACGAAGAAUUGUCCAGCAGGAGCAGGUGCAUGUCAAAUCAAUAGUCGUGAUUCAAACAAAGCAUUAGGAAUGGGAUUCCCUCUGGAAAAGCUUCAGGCGGCCACUGGAGACAAUAAGUUCCUGUUACACUACACAACUGAUCAGUCUGUUGAUGGCUGUACUGCCAAACCCUCCACCAGUAUAGAGUUCCGUUGUCCCAGUGUGGGAGGGGGGAAAGAUCCUGUCAUGGUAGCUGAUUUUAACUGUCAGUACCGAAUUGUGUGGGAAACUGAACAUGCUUGUGCAGAGGUUGAUAUCACAAACAAAACAUGCCAUCUUAUCAAAGAAUCGGACAACAUAGACAUAGAUCUGUCUCCUCUCAGAGUUUACCCUGGAGAUCGUAAGUACCAGGUAACAGUGCCGCCUAGCACUAAAGGAGGUGACUACUACGUAUACUAUCUGAAUGUGUGUGGAGAGCUUGGCAUCCAGUGCCCUGACAUGAACCAUGUUGUAAAUGUGACCGCCUGUCAGACUAAAGCUGGUGACUCGGCAUACGGUCGUGUCAUUGGGAAAGAUACUGAUGGCAACCAGAGACUUAGGUAUGCUGAUGGAGAUCUGACCUUGACCUACAGAGGUGGAGACAUUUGCCACAAGAACAAUCCUCGCACAACCAUCAUCAACUUCAAAUGUGACCCUAAUGCAGAUAACAUGGGUAAAGGAUUCCCUAAGUUUGUUAAAGAGGUCAACAACAGCUGUAUCUACAUGUUUGAUUGGUCCACCAAAUAUGCAUGUUCAGGCCAUCCAGCCAAUGAGGAGUGUCGAGUGGACUACAACAGCAAACGCUAUGACCUUUCACCUCUUACUCGACGUCAUGGACAAGAAACAGAUUGGGAAGUCCUUCACAGUGACCAGUCAGACACUGGGAAACAGUUUUACCUGAAUGUGUGUAACGAUCUGCUGAAUACAGGCAAGGCUGCUCGCUGUCACCCAGAUGCUUCAGUCUGCCUUAUAGAUCAUAAUGGGCCCCAUAACUUGGGUUCAUACAUAGCGAACCCUGUGUACUCCAAAGAGACGAAUACCCUACAGAUCACCUAUGGUAACGGAGAACCGUGUGGAGACAAGAAGCGUACUCGCUCUAUCAUAGAUUUCAUCUGUAAGCCAGGAGACCUAGAGAGUGGCCCCGUUCUCAUGGAUACAUCUCUGGAUGGCUGUCUGUACAGGUUUGAAUGGCACACCUCUGCGGCCUGUGUACUCGGACACUGGAAGGGAGACGACUGUCAUGUGUUUGACAAGGAAGCAGGAUUCAACUUUGACUUGUCACCUUUGACCUUAAACACUGGGUCAUACUCUGUUUGGGAUAAAAAUAAGACAUAUGAAUACCAGAUCAAUGUUUGUAGUGCUGUCCAUGACACUUUGUGUGACAAAAGUUCAAGUACACCUCCCAAUGCUGGAGUCUGUCAGACGAAGGGUGGAGACCAUGCAGUUAACAUCGGAACUGCUUCCAGUACCUUGGAGUAUUACGAUGGGAUGAUAAAUCUGACAUACACAGAUGGACAGAUGUACAACAGUCACCCGCCAGUACCUAGAAAAACAGAGAUCAUCUUCCUAUGUGAGCCAAACUCUGGUAAAGGCAAGCCAACAUUCGUAGCUGAGAGCGCCUGGGGGUACAGCUUUGAGUGGUAUACAGCCUACGCCUGUCCCAAUGAACCUGUUGAAUGUACUGUCACCGAUACAAUACGUCACCACCAGUAUGACUUGUCUAGCUUAUCAAAGUCUGUGAGUCAGGACAACUGGGAGUUAUUGGACGAUAGCGACCCAAACAAUAAACUCAAGUACUACAUCAAUGUGUGUCGUCCACUCAGUGAGGUACAUGUAGGCAAGGGUUGCUCCACCUUCGCUGCAGCAUGUCGCACGACCUUCAAAUCUGGACAGGAGGCCGUGGACAUCGGUAAUUUGGGUAGUGUGGUAUCCCCACCAGUUGUGGAAAAGGAGGGCCAGGUGUCAUUGAAAUACCGUACCAAAAACAAGACCUGUGAUGGCAUCGGUGGCAAGACUACAGUUACUACAUCCAUACAUUUCAUUUGUAGCAAAGGUGCCCUGGUGACUGGACCAAGCACUGUACAACAGUUAGGCAAUUGUGAUUUUGUGUACAUGUGGGCAACAGAGGCUGCCUGUCCAUUAGAGAUGACCGAAUCCACUGCCAACUGUUCCAUAAAGGACCGUAACUCUGACUAUAUUUUCAACCUUGGCCUCCUCACUCGUAAGGGUGACACAGAUUACUAUGACGUCCAGGAUAGAGACCAUCACUUUAGAAUAAACAUCUGUGGUGUGAUGUCGCAGACACACUGUCCUUAUGUGGAGGGUAAAGCUCUGUCAUUGUGUCACCUUCUCUCCAAUGGCUCCAAAGAGGGCCUCAGCUUUCUCAAAUACACCCUGGACUAUGAUGAUGAUGGCAAAUUGAUGCUGAAAUAUGAAGGCAAACGUCUCCAGACUGGUCAGAGGGUAGAGGUCAGGAUCUUGUUCCUCUGCAGACAGAAUGUAGACAUUGGUAAGCCGAAGUUUGACCGUGUGGAUGAAGGAUACAAAUACAUAUUUACAUUUGAGACCUCACUAGCCUGUAAACCUGAUCCAAUCGAUUGCUUGGCUGAGGAUGUCCAUGGUAACCGAUUUGAUUUGAGUCCACUUGCUCGUGGAGCUAGUGACACAAACUGGCAGGUGACGGACAUUCAUGGACGAAAAUUUACCUACCACAUCAAUGUGUGUCGACCAAUCAACACAGCCGGUACUUCAUGUCCAGGGGGACCAAUAGGUGGAUGUGGGGUUUCCAGCAUGGGUGACAGUUUCAACCUGGGGUAUAUACACUCACAACCAAUCGCAGCCGAGGACGGCACAGUGACUCUUCAUUAUCGUAAUGGAGAUAUCUGUAACAAUGCCACUGGAUCCCGAUAUAGUACAAGGAUCCUGUUCUCCUGCUCAGGGGUAGAGCACAACCCCACCUUUGUAGGCAAAAUGAAUGACUGUGAGUAUUUGUUCAGCUGGCAGACUCCAUUCGCCUGUGCCAUCAAAAAGCCUCAUAUCGGUUCCGACUGUAAGGUUCUGGAUCCUUUAACCACAUAUGAGUUUGAUCUGAGCCCCCUACGAAAGGCAAACGACUACCGUGUGCCAGCACUAGGCUACGUAUACAUAUUAAAUGUGUGUGGCCCCCUACAGUCCUCCACAUGCGGGACAGACCAGGUCGGAACAUGCCAAACAAAGAGCACUGAUGCAAGCUACCAUGUUAAUGCAGGAAUGCCUUCCUCAGCUCUACGUUAUCAAACAGGGGAGAUCACUCUCAAAUAUGUUGAUGGAAAAUCAAAUUGCCAUGGAAAAUAUAACCGCAGCACCAUUAUAACGUUUCUUUGUGACCAUUCCGUUGAUGGAUCCCAAGGACCGGUGUUCAUCAAGGAAGAUGCUGUCUGUACUUACUUGUUUGAGUGGAAAACCAGACUAGCCUGUCCGCCAUUUAAAGUUGGGGACUGUAGCAUCAUCGCCCCGAACAAAAACCAGUACGACCUGAGCUCACUCGCUAUGACUAGUGAGAAUUAUGACUAUGUUGACUAUCUUCACAAGAAAAAGUUCAUCAUCAAUGUAUGCAGAUCACUCGUCCACAAAAAAGAUCAGACAUGUCCUUACAAUGCAGCUGUGUGUAUGAUUGACCUGACCCAACAGAAUGACACUCUGAGGUUUCAUAACCUAGGAGAGGUUAACGAGCAUCAAGUGAUUGUAGACAAUGGACAGUUGGAACUCCAUUACACCAACGGGGAGCCAUGUUCCUCUGGCGGCACAACCUCGACUCGCAUCAUCAUGUACUGCGAUAAAACAACCCUGUUUUCCCAUCCGGUGGGCCACUUCACUGUGAACAAUUGCGAGCAUGAAUUUACAUGGAAUACACAAGCUGCUUGUCCAUUAGAUACUGACCAAGACAGUUUGCAGACAGGCAACUGUACCACCCGGAAUCCUGUCACAGGGCAUGUAUUUGACUUGAGUUCCCUCAAUAAAGCUACACCCUAUAAAAUUGAAGACCAUAGAGGCCAUAUCUUCAAACUUAACGUGUGUGGCAAAGUAACUGGUUCAGGAUGUUCGGGGGAUUCAGUCGGUGCCUGCCAGGAAGAGACAGCCUUAGGGAAGAGGAACUUCAGUAGUGGCCAGUUUAACUCUAAACUACAGUAUGAUGAAGGCGUACUGGUGCUGAACUACCAGGGGGGUAUGGAUUGCCAUAACAAGCAGUACAAGCGUACAACCAUCAUCAAUUUUGUCUGCUCUCAGACUGCCGGCAAUGGCUCCCCUGUAUUUAUAGACGAAUCGGAGGACUGCACUUACUAUAUAUCUUGGCAUACUAGCCUCGCGUGUGAAAAAGAGGUAAAAUGUUCUGUUGAUAGUGACGACAGAACAAUUGACCUUUCACCUCUUGUGAAGCCAUUUGGACAAUAUUUUUCUCUUUCGGUAGCGAAUGGAAAGAAUGUCUCGUACUACAUUAACAUCUGCCGACCUUUAAACCCCAUUUACGGCACUUUUUGUCCUCCGCAAGCUAGUGCCUGUAUGCUGCAGAGUGGCGGGAAACCACAGAGUUUGGGAAAAGUAACAGGUCCUCCUGUGUUGGAUAAAAGCACAGGAAAAGUGACCUUGAUUUAUGAUGGAGGAGAUGUGUGCUCUACAAACCCAUCCAAAAAUAUGUCAACCAAGAUUAUCUUCAUGUGUAACCCUAAAGUAUCUAGAGCUGGCCUUGUUCUGCAAGAAGUAUCGGACUGCCAGUAUGUGUUUUUGUGGGAUACUGCUGUUGUGUGUAGCCGUGAUGACACAAGUCUACAGCCUGAGGUCAAUCAGGACUGUUCAUACAAAGACCCACAAACUGGUAACACCUACAACCUCACGUCCUUCAAAACAUUAAAGAAACCAGAACCGAUGGCAAAAAAUGGGUUCUCAUAUUUAUUGAACAUCUGUGAGAAAGUGAACACAGCUUUACCUGGAUGUGAAACAGCAGGUGUCUGUCGUACCAACAGUACUCAAGGGGUCUCCUAUGGUAGUGUGGCUCACAGAACAGUGUCAAAGACAGGCAAAGUCAUACAGCUGACGUAUACACAGGGUGAUACAUGUGGUGGGAAUAGAAGAAGGGAAAGUGUCAUCACUUUUGACUGUGAUACAUCUGGUGUAAUUGGCCAACCGAAGUACACUUACGCUGGUCAGUGUCAGGCUUUGUUUUACUGGAGAACAUGUGUUGUGUGCCCCAGAGUGGCAGACGCAUGUUCUCUUGGCUUCAAUUACCAAAGCUAUGAUCUCAGUAUGCUGUCCAGUGAAACAGGGGGCUGGAAUCUCACAGAUACCAAGGGCAACAGAUACUGGAUCAACAUUUGUCAGUCUGUGACCAAUGGCCCCACUGAUAUUGAGGAGUGCCCACACAUGGUAGCAGCAUGGCGUCAGACCCCAAGUGGACAUGUGAACAGACUAGGGCUCAUCAGCACCCAGAAACUCACCAUGGACACUGAUGAGAAGACACUGAUACUUCAGUACUUCCAAGGAGACACAGCUUGCUCCAGCACAAAACGACGAAGUGACAACUCUCCUGCCCAAACUAUGAUCAAAUUUACAUGUGGAAAAACAGUUGGAGGCCCAGUUUAUAUUGAGAGGGAUAAUCAAGGUGAAUGCGUAUUUGAGUUUCACUGGAAAUCCAAGGUUGCCUGCAGUAUCAUUAGUCAAACAGUUAAAGACAAGGACGGGGCUGUGACUGACCCAGAAACUGGAGGCAUAAUCUACCUCAAUAAACUUGGGCCAUCCAAAAUAGCUGUUAGUGACACAAGUUACUACAGCCUUGACCUUGCGGGUGCCGCGGGUACAUGCACAGAUUCUGUUGUAUGUCUCAGUGACACCUCAUCCCCAGCACUAAGUAUCGGAGCAUACUCAAGGAGAAAGUUUUCUUUUGAAGAUGGUAUACUGGAAGCUGAAUACGAGUCAGAUAAAAUUUGUGCUACGGACAGGAAGAAAAAAGUCAAGGCCAUAAUCACAUUCCACUGUAAUGACAGUCCGAAUUCACCAAUACUGUUGUCACGAUCAAAAGAUUGUGUCCAUAUGUUUCUGUGGGAAAAUCCAGUUGCUUGUUUACAUCCUAAAGUAGAGAUUGUUCCACCAACAGAUGUAUCGAAAGCGAAUGCUGCUGCAGCAGCGGUUAAUAAGGGGAAAACAAUAGGCACGGUGAUGGCUGUAUUUGGUGCGGCCAUCCUCGUGUGUAUACUCCUUAUUGUAUUCCAUAAAAAGGAGCGCAGAGACUCCUGUCUACAGAGGGUUCGCUCGGUAGUGAAGAAGGACACAGAGUACAGAUAUUCUAUGUUACCUGAUGCCAUUGGAAAUGAAGAUGACGAAGACAUUUUAGGAGCAGCAAAUAAUACAGCCGAGCCAGACGAACCAAGGGAGGUAAACGCCAUUUCUAUUGAGAGGGACACAAAAGUGGAAAGUUACCAUGACGACAGUGAUGUAGACUUACUAGAGUGAAGUAAAACCAUGCUUGACUUUCUGUGAUAGAUUAUAGAGAGGUCUGAGCUCUCUGAUGUGAUAACUCAUACACAGAUGUAAUCUCUGUAAACAGCUUUCAAAUACCCAUUUCGUCGUUCCUGUGUCGCCCUGCUGUUCACUUUUUGUCUGGCUAGACUGUCGCAUGCAAGUGCUAUAAAAUUACUACAUAUAACAUUUAUGUAUCAAAUAAAGUUGGCAUCAGUUCCACGCUAUUGGGAGACAAAGUCAAACAUACUGCAGCCUUUCAAAACAUGCACAUUCAUCACAAAUGUGCAUCUCCACACAGGGGAGGCCGUUCUAUUAAACAAUACAAAACCAAUACAUGUACAAAAUGUAUAUUGAAGUUUGGAUAUGUAGCAUAAUGUUUUAUAUCUUAAAGUUUGGAUAUGUAGUGUAACAUUCUAUUUUACAGUAAUUCAAAAUAUAAAAUGAAUAACAUUGAACAAACCUUCAAAAACAAUAAGAUAGUUGUAUUUUUUACAAUGAGUAACAAUUGUUUAAAAAAAAUAAUAAAAUGAGGUACCAGGAAUGUUUGGUUUUCCAGACAGGGUUUUGAAUAGCAAUUUCAUUGUUUGAUCCAUAGCAAUGAAAAAGACAAGUUUCCCUCCAAAAUAUCUAAACCUGCUUUUGGGUAUCCAGCUGAAACAGUUGAAAUCAAAGGAAAAAUAGCAGACUUAGAUCACGACAGAGGAUGACGUCAUAGAAUAUAUGGCAGAUGAAGGUUGAGUGAUUCAGCAAUAACGGUUCAAAUUUGAAAGAUUGACUAUCCCAUAUUUGCAGCGGUUUUCCAUAAAAUCAAAAAAGAAAAAAAAAGUAUAGACAUAUAUAUUCAAGAGAUGUUAUAAAAUAUAAAAAAACAAGGGGGAAAAUAUGUCUAAAGCUGUUUUGUUAAAUGUAAUUUAUAUAACAGGGAAUUCUGAAACUGUAUUUUGAAUGCCGCGCUGUUUUAUAACACUGGUUUACAUCUGGUCAAGUGCUUGUAUUUACCAAACAUUUUCUGUGUUUCCUUGUCUGUUUCAACUCGGUUCUGAAAAAGUGGCUAUGGACAUUAUAUUGAAUCCUCAUGUACCUUGUGGGUGUAUAUAUUGUUAGUUAUUUUAUUGUGUGUGAUAGAACGGAGAGAUUUGAAUACCUGGACUGGGUGUUGUAUCAUAUCUGAUACGCUUAAUGCAAGUGGAUAAGAGAGAUAGGAGAAAAGAGAAUGAAAGAUAGCUAAGAGAAGCAACUUGUGCAGCUUUGAAACCAUAAUAAAUGCAAAAUUCCACCUUUUUUGAAUAUUUUCAUAUUCAUACAGCAAAGUUGUGAUGAUGGUGUUUUGAUAUUCUUUGUAGAGAAUGUUAAUUCCUCAUUGAAUUUGUUUUCAAAGAAUGAAUGGAUUUAACUGUAAACAUUGAAGAGUGACAGUUUAACAAGGUGAUUUUUUUCAUUUUAAAGCAUAUUACUUGACAUAUAAUAUAUUUCGCUAUGUUAUCAUGUUUUUGAGAUAUUGUAUGAUCAUUAUAUAUCCUUGGGUUCAUGUUUCCAUGUGACAUGAUAUCAUUCCAUGAUGUUUAUGUUUUCCUGGUUAUACAUGUGUAUCAACAUCAUGCUUAUACUUUGUCCUGCUAAUAAACAUAUCCUUUUCAAUGGUGUAUAGAAAUCGGUUUCAGACUAUAAUUUAUUUGUUAUUUUUUUAUUUAUUUAUUUUUGCAUUCAUUGAAGGAAUUUGUUUAGCUCAUUAAAGUUGGUUUGCAUAAUCAUUCAAAGAAUAAUUUUAGUAUUAGAGGUGUUUUCUUUCCAGAAAAAAAAAGAUACGAAAAAAAUUUUGUAGGCCAGAUAAUAUUGUUAAACGGAGAUAAUGAAAUUAAAGGGAGAUAAUUUUACCCGAAAUUUAAGGGAGAUAAUUCAACCGAAAAUUAAAGGUAGAUUAUUUAACUGAAACAGAAAUUUUAUAGAGGCUUUAUGCGGCGUCAUGGCCCAAUAGGUCGUGUGGUAUUAAUUGCAGAUAUGUAAUAUCUAGAAAUUAAUGUAUGUACAUUUUAUAUUUAUCAAUUAUUAAUAUAAACACUUGGGAACCAGUUUGAAAUUACUUCAAUAUUAAUAUACAAUGUAAAUACUUUUUAUAGAUUCCAUAUUACAUGAACAAUUUGUUGCAUAUGCUUAAAUUUGGCAAAAGGGCUGUUAGUGAGAUUAUAACUUAUGGUAAACAAUAGUCUAUUGUUAAAUGUGCAUGAAAUGCACCUUAAUAUUUUGUAGUGAAAUAGUGAUUUAAUCCCCACCACUGCACACAAACAGUGUUACUGCUGUCUUUAACAAAACAAGUGUCAUCAGAUAUGUUCAGGAUUUUUCACAUUGCUCACUGGAUGAAUUUUUCGCUAGAUAUUAAUUUUUGAGAAUGAAUUGUUCUCACAUUACAUAUCAUAUCUAAGCUUAAAGGUAUCCCUGUUAUGUUAACAGGUUAUUGCAAUUUAUCACUUACUUAGCUGCAAUGUUAACCAGGAUGUUUUGGUUUUUCAGGGAAAGAGUGAAGCCAUUUGCCUUCUAGAUUUUUUCCUUGUGUUCAUAUUCAUAUGAUUUAUUGUGAUAUUGAAUUAUAGUAUGUAUUCAUAUAACGUGGAUGCUCAUCUUUGUCCAAGUGUCCUCCAAUGCUGUCCGCCACUAAAACAUCUAACAGGAACAUUUUCAUCAGCCGGUGUUCUCAAAAACUGACCAUACUAAUUGUUAAAUCGGCCAUGUUGACAGUUGCCUGUUACUGUGCCAUUGAUCUGUAUCCAUUAAAAAAUCAUGACUGGCCAUUGUGAAGUUGGACCAAUGUGUGCUCAGUGGUGAUUUGGUUGAUUUUUUUUCCCGACAUGUAUUUCAUUAAAAUGACCUUAAAAGGUUAUAAAUGAUG